AUGGGCGCCAUAUGCUCAUGCUGUAAGGCGGAGGUGAUCGACUUCGACGGGCCGGUAGACUUGUACCACUUCUACCUGCUCAGGGCGGUAGGCAAGGGUGCGUUCGGAAAGGUGCGAGUGGUUCAGCACAAGCAGACAAAGAACUUGUACGCGCUCAAGUACAUCAACAAGGCCAAAUGUGUCAAGAUGCGAGCGGUCUCAAACAUCAUACAGGAGAGGAGGUUACUAGAAGAGAUAGAGAGCCCUUUCAUCUGCAACUUGCGGUACGCCUUUCAAGACGACGAGAAUCUGUUCAUGGUUCUCGAUCUGAUGCUCGGCGGUGACCUGCGCUUUCACUUGGAUAGAUCGGGCAAUAUGAAAGAAGAGGUGGUGCGGUUCUAUGUUGCUGAACUCGCGUUAGGCCUAGAUUACCUUCACCGGCUGCAGAUUGUGCAUCGAGAUCUAAAGCCGGACAACGUGUUGCUAGAUGAGAAAGGUCAUGCCCACUUGACGGAUUUCAACAUCGCAGUUCACUUCUCUCACAGAAGGCCGCUGACCUCGGUUGCCGGUAGUAUGGCAUACAUGGCACCAGAAGUGCUAGCCAAGCGCGGCUAUUUAAGCACUGUGGACUGGUGGAGCUUGGGCGUCAUGGCAUACGAGCUUCUGUUUGGAAGGCGGCCAUUUAGGGGCAAGACCAACAGCGCAUUGACGCACUCAAUAUUGCACGACAGGUGUUCCUUUCCUGAAAAUGUCGAGAACAUCGUGAGCAGGGAGUGCAUCACAUGCAUACGUGGUCUGCUGGAGCGGGACGUCAAGAAACGCAUGGGCUGUCGGAACGGCAUAGAGGACUUUAAGCAGCACCCCUGGUUUGCUAGCGUGGAUUGGGAUGCUCUAGAGACCAAGGAAGCUACUCCACCCUUUGAGCCAGAUAGCAAACGGGCCAAUUUCGAUGCUACGCACGAACUCGAGGAACUGUUGCUGGAAGAUAAUCCGCUCAAGGCUAAGAAGCGAGACGAAAAGCGAGAGCUGAGCUCACUCACGCCUGAGUUGCGACAAAUGGAAGAGCAGUAA